CGGUUGUAAAGCACUUUUUCAAAAUUUGAAAGCUAUGGAGAAUAAUAAUAGACAGCUCGAUAAGAUUGCGAAAAGGCGGGCAGCAGACACGAAAUACCCUAGGUUGUUUGGCUGUUCCCGAUCAACCUAUUACAGAAGGUUGAGGAAAAUAAAAGCACAGUUUAUAAAGAAGUGUCAGUUACCGAGCUGUGACGAAGAGACAGACAAUCCAGUUGUCGUCACAGAAUCGCGUAUUACCGUAGCUACAGAGCAGUGGGCUAAUAUUGUCACAGACACAGCUACUGCUUCAUGUAGUCACGUCCAGUGUUCAGACAACACAAUCAACGAAAUGUCCCCAACCAUUCGUCUUUCGGUGAAAGACGAGUUAGACAAAAUGGUCAUUGAAAUGAUGAAAGGUGGUUAUAUAAGCAUAAAGAAGGCUGAUCAAAUACUGGACAUUUUUCGUGCGCGGUAUCCAGAACUUCCAACGUCCGUCCGAAGUGUUCUACGUCGAUGCAACGACGUGGAGCCUAAGAUCCUAGAUUCUGGAACGUAUUACCAUUUAGGAUUGAAAUCCAGUCUUGUGAGAAUUUCAGGACAUUGGCUUCGUCGAAUCCGUUUCAACGAGUUGCAGUUGCAGUUAAACUACGAUGGUCUAAGUUUGUUCAAAAGCUCUAACCAACAGCUGUGGCCGAUCGUAGGUCGUAUAGUAGCUCCACUAGUUAGUAGUGUUUUCGUAGUUGGGAUCUACGGUGGUGAAGUAAAACCAUCUGAUUUCAAUGACAUGUCAGCAACACUUAUAACAGAGUUACAGGAGUUGCUGACAGUAGGUAUUAAUGUAGAUAAGUAUCACCUACAUUUAACAGUUAAAUUAGUUUGUGCGAUGAUACAAACAAACUGUUAAGAACGCUCCUGAAAUCGGUCAGUGAGCUGUCUACGAAAAUAGACAAAAUGCUAUUUUUGUAUGAACGCUUAGCCAUGGGUGUAACUCACGGGCGUACAGAGGAAAUGGAUAGUGAUGCAAUCACUUUCCCAUUACGAACGCAUGACGAGUUGCGUUCUUUAGAGACAGCUUUAGAGAACAAAAAAUUCCGGGAUCAUUUCGUAAGUUGUAAUCGGUGUUUGAAGAAAUUUUAGAUGGGAAGAUUAUACCAUGUACUAUGUGAUGAUCUUCGGAAAUCAGCAAAAGCCUGUCUGAAAUACCUCCUUUCUCCGGAACUGGCAAACACGUACACCUUGCACGGAACCAGAAGAAAAUUCGGGAUUAGUAAAUACAAAUUUUACUCCACGGUUCAAAGUGCUUUGUGUUCACACUUCCGGAGUGCGACCUGUUCGGAAACGGAGAUCACGCACGCCAUGGCUACAGCAAGCCAGGCCUUCUUGCAUGACGCAAGAGAUAAAGUACAUAAACGUGGAUGGCGAUCCAAAGAAAGGCUGGCUUCGCAGGCUUUAUCAGACGUAACUGUAAGUUCUUUGUUCGCAUUAUUAAGAACAUUGUUAUACUGUUGGUACAUCACCAAACUUUCACAUAUCUUGACACGUUAUUAUACACUAAAAAUGAUUUAUUUAUUUAUUUUUUAGAACAUUAUCAAUGACAGUUCUACGUCUACGUAAGGUGUUGCUGUUACAACGCAAUGAAAAACUUUGUAUAAAUGAUUCAUUUGUAAUUUUAUUAACUGUAAUAAACAUUUAUAUAUUUCAUAAA